AUGACCGAUUGUUAUCAACUUUUAGAAUUUCUUGAUGAUGCUGUACUUGAUUAUAUUAUCACUCGUUAUUUCUAUGAAGUUAGUCAAUUCAUCUUUUUUUUAAUAUUUAAGCAUCUAAAACGUCAUUUACCCGGUGAAUUAACAGAUCUUCGUUCUGCUUUAGUCAAUAAUAAUAUAUUUGCAUAUUUAGUUGUUAAAUAUGAUUUUCAUAAAUAUUUUCGUUGUCAUUCCAAUGAAUUAUUUUUAUUAAUUGAUAAAUUUAUUCAAACACAAAAAGACAAAUCAUCAUGGUGUGGUUUUGAUGAAUAUAAUUUAUAUGAUGAUACAAUAAAUGAGCUUGAUGAAUGGGAACAAACAAAAAUUUCUUGA